AAAAAAAACAGCUAUAUGAAGAGGUAUUAUUCUCUUUUCCAGCUGUUUUGUUUCUUCUUAAAUUUUUUUCUGUCAAUUUCAACAAAUCCGUACAAGCUGACUGUGACCGAUAAGUCCAACUUAUCUCUCUUCCGCCUUUUUACGGAUAAAAGCCCGACUCUGAUGGCUGGUCGUUACGAUAAAAAUCCUUUUGAUGAAGAAGAAGAAGAAGUCAAUCCUUUCUCCGAACCAGCAGUGAAAGGGAAGACGUCUGGCCAGUCUAAAUUUGGUGGAGGUCUAUUUUCAACGAAUACUCCAAGUACUGCAUCUGCAUCAAACUCAAGACUUUCACCACUACCUCCUGAACCUGCCGGUUUUAAUUAUGAUCAUGAGGCAACAAUUGACAUUCCUUUUGAUACAGCUUCAGGAGGAUCGCAUUAUCAGGAUUUGAAGACGAAAGAGAAAGAACUCCAGGCUAAGGAGGGUGAACUGAGAAGGCGUGAGAAGGAAGUGAAACGGAAAGAAGAGGCAGCAGCAAGAGCUGGAAUUGUUCUGGAAGAGAAAAAUUGGCCGCCUUUUUUUCCAAUCAUUCAUCAUGAUAUUGCAAAUGAAAUACCAAUUCAUCUACAAAGAUUGCAAUAUGUUGCAUUUUCAACAUUUUUAGGAUUGGUUCUAUGCCUUCUGUGGAACGUCAUAGCUGUAACAACAGCUUGGAUCAAAGGGAAAGGUGUGAGGAUCUGGUUCUUGGCUAUCAUCUACUUCAUAGCAGGGGUCCCAGGAGCCUACUUAUUGUGGUAUCGCCCGCUGUAUCGUGCUUUUAGGAAUGAAAGUGCUUUGAGGUUUGGAUGGUUCUUCUUGUUUUAUUUGUUUCACAUCGGGUUUUGCAUCUUUGCUGCAGUGGCUCCCCCUAUAGUUUUUAGAGGGAAAUCACUAACCGGGAUCCUACCUGCAGUAGAUCUUGUCGGUGGCCGUGCUUUGGUUGGGAUCUUCUACUUCGUUGGUUUUGGGUUAUUCUGUGUUGAAUCAAUUAUAAGCAUCUGGGUUAUUCAGCAAGUAUACAUGUAUUUCCGUGGCAGCGGCAAAGCUGCCGAGAUGAAGCGUGAGGCUGCAAGAAGAGCUAUGAGGGCUGCCAUGUAAUGGCACAGUCAAGCAAUUCAGUAACCUCAUUUGUUGUUUCUGCCUAUAUGCACUUUGCCAGGGAGGAAGCAGAUAAAGCUUUGUUACUUCUCGAUCCUGGCUCUUUUCGCACAUAUCUUUGUAACUUGUUUUGAGUGCUACUACCUUCUGUAAAGUUUUUUUUUUUUUAAUCUCUGGAGUUUGAUUGGCAGACACCUUGUACAAGAUUUAAAUGAUUUUCAUGUAUAGAGAGACUUGAUUCACAAUUUUGUGAUUGGUUCAUGGUGUAAUGUGUAGUUAAGACCAAUCAGUUCCAAGGCGACAGAGAUAUGUACAUAUAGAAUUGACCAUUGGGGUCGGUAUCUAAAUGAUAAGUGAAAUGGAAUCAUAGGGACAGUAAUUCGAGUUAGGUCUCAGUACAUCAAGCCUGGACCCUGGACAAAGAAUAUUGCAGCCAGGCUAAGAUUCAGGGAUCUGCGAAAAUAGCCAGAAAUAAAGCUUCAAGGUUUGGAUAAACACCAAGGAACGGUGGUAACGAGUCACAGGACCCACGACCAGAAUUGUCAAGGAAGCAAUUCUAUUGAUUUCUAAGGAGCAUUUUUCUAUAUGUGAGAGAGAAAUGUCACAGUUAUUCAAUUCACCAGAACCACCCUGUGAUUUGGUAUCUUUAAAUUAAGCAUGAACAGAAGAUGGUGUGCAUUUUCAUUC